GGCGAGCAUCAAAAUGUUGCUGCUUCAUUUUCUUGUGUGCAAACAAGGUCCCACUUUGAUAAGCAAGAAAGCAACAAGCUGGCCAAUCAAACACUACAGAGUAAAAAAAAAAAAAAAGGUUAUAUGAAACAAACCCUCUCCCCAUUAUUAAAUAGUAAUUUGCAGUUCUUGAUAAAUUUUGAUCCUUUAAUUAUUUAAUAUAUUAUCACAGUCUGUAUGACCAAAUCUGAAACAUUGGACUUGAAAAAAUCCAAAAUAUAUUAAGGCCUAAGAUUAUAAUACUUUUGCUUUCUGGAUCGGGCUAGUCUUGAUGUCCAUCGCGUUCCGGGACCGUAAACGCACCGCGUGACUAUGACAAGGGCAGACGGGUUGCUGAAAUGGAGGAAGUUGCCAAAGGGUCCCUUGAUGGAUCAAAGUGAUGGUGAGAAAUUUCCUUUAAAAUGAAAACAAAGAUACUGAGGAAAGCAAGUGCAUAUUCACUUUCCAAACUCUUGCUCACCAAUAGCCCUCACAAACCCUAAACCAUGGGCUUUGACAAUGCCCAUUUACUAACCCAUAUUAACCAUCAGAUUGGAUGAAGUAACACGUGGACGAUCCUGAUUUGUGUUCUAAUGAAUCUAAGACGGAAGUAGAAACCAUCAAGAAACUACUCUAGUACUAUUUGGCAGGCUGUAAUCUAAUCUACAGUCCAGAUCUGAAGAAACCCCCGAUCUCAAGCAAACCCUUCAACAAAUUGUUAAUCCCCGGGAACUCCCCCUGGUUUCCGCCAUUAAAGGUCAGAUCUACUUUAAAUUCCGUGUCCUUUUUAUUACACUUUCUCAACUCAUUCUUUCAAAUUCCAACAAAAUUCAAAGAAGCAAAAUAUAUAAACUUCAAUGGCAAUCAGGAAACCUGGUUUAAUUGCUUUAUUUGAUGUUGAUGGCACUCUUACAGCUCCAAGAAAGUUGGCUACUCCCAAAAUGUUGGAGUUCAUUAUGGAACUGAGGAAGGUUGUUACUGUUGGAGUAGUGGGCGGAUCUGACCUUAGUAAGAUAUCUGAGCAGCUUGGGGUAUCAGUUAUUAAUGACUAUGAUUAUGUAUUUUCUGAAAAUGGGCUUGUUGCUUAUAAAGAUGGAAAACUCAUUGGCACCCAGAGUUUGAAGUCAUUUCUUGGAGAAGAAAAACUGAAGGAAUUUAUAAACUUCACGCUGCAUUAUAUUGCUGACUUGGAUAUCCCAAUAAAAAGGGGGACAUUCAUAGAAUUCCGUAGUGGGAUGCUCAAUGUAUCUCCAAUUGGGCGAAACUGCAGCCAAGAAGAAAGGGAUGAAUUUGAAAAGUAUGACAAGGUUCACAAUAUACGCCCAAAAAUGGUUUCUGUGCUUCAAGAAAAGUUUGCUCACCUUAACUUGACAUUUUCGAUUGGAGGACAAAUAAGCUUUGAUGUUUUCCCCCAGGGUUGGGACAAAACAUAUUGCUUGAGAUACCUUGAAGAAUUUCAAGAGAUUCACUUCUUUGGUGACAAAACCUACAAGGGAGGGAACGAUCAUGAAAUUUUUGAAUCAGAGAGAACAGUGGGACAUACAGUUACAAGUCCUGAAGAUACAGAGGAGCAAUGCAAAACCUUAUUCCUGAACAACCCUUGAACAAUAGAAUUUUUCCUCUUGAUAUACCAUUUGUAUCUCGCAUUUUAUGAGAAGAAUAAGUGCCAAGCCCAUGCUGUGGCUCAAGUAUGUAAUUUUAUAUGAGUAAUUGUCAAAAUGGUUAAAAUUUGCCUGUUGCGAA